GUUUUGUUGAUUGUUAUUGUUUCCUUCGAUCAUUUUUAAUUAACCUUAUUGUAGCGUUUCUGAGGAAAGCAGCGGAACAAAACGAUGUAGAUAAAUAAGUAAAAUAUAUUAUUAAUAUUACCUGAUAAACAACACGUUCCAGGUCGGUUUGAUGUGAUGAUCUGCGAGUGAACAAAUUAAAUCACAAACAGAUUUGAUCCGCGAAUCACAUUUUUAGACAGAACUCAAUCUUCUUAAAACCCGACAAUGAACACAACAACGUGGUACUGCCGGCUCUGCGCGGGAUUAACAUUGCGCGCCAAAUUAGUAAACUUACAGACUGACGAGAAAUUAUGUGAAGAAGUUAUCAAAAAGCUGUCCAGGUUCCAUAUAACAAUGGACUUCCAGGAUAACAUUUUACCUAAAACCGUAUGCGAUGUCUGCAUUAAGUCUUUGGACCACGCAUUUAAGUUUAUUUGCGCGGUCGAUGAAGCCCAGGGCUUUCUAAGCGAUUUUGUUUUGGUGAAAUGUAGUGAGACUAGUGAGUGUGAUUUAGAACAAGAUACCAUCUCUUAUGAACUGGUUGAUACCAAUACCUGUGAUCCUAUGGAAAUAAGUGUCAAAGAUUGUUAUUCAAAUGACCAAGUUAAAUUUAAAGUUGAUAAUAGGGAUGACUGUAUUAAUUAUAUUAUUAAAAAAGAACUUGAGAUUGUGGGUUUGGAGCCUCUUGUUACUGAUACUUGUAGUACAAUUGAUCAUAAGGUCACCGAAAUUGUAGAUAUUAAGUCAAAUAUACCAUUGAAUAACAAUCCAGAUGAUAAUAUUGAAAAUAAUACAAUUAUUGUUACUACACAUGAAGAAGUAACAAAUCAUGAUGUUCAUGUCAUAAGCCAAGAUGAAAAAACUAGUAUAAAUGCCAGUGCAACCCUCGAAGACCAAAAGAAUACAGUUAAAAAGAAAAAUACUAAGAAAAUAAAAUUAAAGACACCAACACAGACUAAGAAAACUACUGAACCAAAGAAUGUUCCAAACACUGGAAACUAUACAGAAAAUGAAGUCAAUGAGUUGAUUAAAAACUUAGACUAUGUGCCUGAACAGUACAUUACAAAAACUUGGCAGGAUUACCUCUGGCAAUGUUCUCAAUGUGGAACUCAAUUCACAAAUAUGGAGGACCUCCAGAAACACUCCAUGGAGUUCCAUAACAGCUGUAGCUCCUACAAAUGAGCUGACUGUAGCAGCCGGACUUCAAAUCUCAAGAUUUUCCUGAAUCACAUUCAGGGACAUCACCACAAAUACCUGCGCUACUCAUGUUACAAGUGU